CUCAGAACCAGACGGAGGCGCCAAAGCAGUUAUUUUACGGCAGCGGAGGUGUAGUCAGCUGCAGUGGUCCGCCCGUACUGCAGGUGUCGCUAACACCAAUUAUUACACUCGGAGCCUGCAAAAGAAGAACCGGCAGCACCUUGCAAUGAUCAGGAGCAUAGCUCGUAGUCGAUGAAACCCAAAUGGAGACGGUUCUGAACUGCUUAAAGCGGCGGCCGGACGCAGUGGCUCGGCUGAUCUGCUUCCCGUGGGCGGGUGGAGGCUCUGCGCACUUCGCGCGCUGGGGACGUGUGAUGGACAGCGUGGAAGUGUUCGCACUCAAACUUCCGGGUCGAGAAACGCGAUUCAGGGAGCCGUUCUUCCAGAACAUGGAGCAGAUUGUGGAAGAGGUUGUUGCCGCUCUGCUGCCUAUGCUGGAUGAGAAGCCGUUUGCUCUGUUUGGGCACAGUUUUGGUGCCCUCACGAGCUUUGCUGUCGCCGAACGUCUGAAGAAACAGCACAAUGUGGAACCGGUCCACAUGUUCCUGUCCGGCGCUCCCGCCCCCUUUUCGGAGAUCCGUCUGAAGUCACAGAGGAGAAGUGAGCUAUCAGACGAGGACUUCCUGCGGUGGUUAUCUUCGAUGGGAGGUACUCCUCCUGAGCUGCUGGGGAACCCGGAGGUACUGCAGUUCUUCCUCCCCGCACUCAAGGCCGACCUGCACGUGGUGGAGAACUACAGGUGUGCCAGGCCAGAGCGUCCCCUUCUCCACUGCUCGCUGUCCUGUUUGGACGGAAAAGACGACCUUCCUCACAAUUUACAGGAGUGGAGAUGCAUCACAUCUGGGGAGUUCACCAUCAGGAUGUUCGACGGCGCUCACUUCUACCUGAAGGAUCCAGGAAACGAAAAGCUCCUGCUGGACCACAUGUUGAAGCACCUGGAGGCAUCACAGCUGGAUUAUCUGUGACCUCUCAUCUACGUCCACUGAUUUCAUGAACUUUGGCACAAAGCAUGGAGUCAAAUCAAAGUGGACUCAUUCUUUUUAGGAUGAGCCUCGUGUUUUUAUAUUUGCCUCCUCUUCACCUUUGACACUGAAGUCUAAAUAUGAAGACUGAUCAACAGGAGGCUUUUAAUGUACCCGGCGCCCCUGAACAUGAAUCACUUUUAUCUUUAGUGUUUAAUUGUCUGGGUUUUAUUGUGUGUUAAUUUUAUUGCUCUUGUUUUAGGAGGUGGGAGGCCUGCCGCGUCUAGUGGUGGUUUUCCCCAUCAUGUGUGCAGUGCUUCACAAUAAUGGUGCUGAUUGCUUUUGUUUUCAUGUAGUUUUAACCACAUCGGUAAGCUCCCCCUCCAGAAUAUUUUUUUUACUGACUUUUAUUGAGGAUUGUUGUUUUUAUUAAGGAUUCUUCUUAACAUUGUGUUAAAUGGAAAUCUAAUAAAUUCUAUUUUAAAGCAA